UUAAUUUUCUCCUCGUUCGGGCAACUGCCAGGAAGAAAAAGCGUUUUAAAAAAUAUUCCGCUAUAAAUAGAGAGAAGGAGAGGAGUUGAUUCAAACUGUAUAAUUACAAGCGCAACAGUUCAUAUAUUCAGAUGGUAGAGAGGAGAUCGAUGGUAUAAAGUAUUUAUAGUCAAGAUCAGAGGAAAAUACAGUUUAAUAGGAAGUAAAAAUAUUCAAAAUUAACAACUGAUGCUGAGAUAAAUAAGCACCAAAUAGAGAAGAUAACUUAGAAAUUGCAAAAAUUCAUAUGACAAGAAAGAGUCGAACGUUCAAUGGGUGUUGGACUUGUCGGUCACGGAAGGUCAAGUGUGAUCUAGGGAAACCUAAAUGUGAUCGAUGUAAGAAAGCAGGAUUGGAUUGUGCUGGUUAUAAUAUCAUAUUAGGAUGGUCUAGUCCCUUAACUGUAUCUAAGACUGAUAAUUCAUUAAUCACAUUAGCUAAUGAAGAUGAGAAUCCUGAUAGUUUCCAGAGAAGGAAUGUGGAGUUGGUGAGGUAUCCGAAAUCAAUGACAUAUACUACCUAUAAAGCAUUAAGUAGAGAGUUGGAUCGAUUGGAUGAAUAUGUGUUUCAAAAUAGAUAUAAGAUAAGGGUGGGACCAUUUGGAGUUUAUAAAGUGAACUUGAUAGGUAACAAGGAAGAUGAAGAGAUUAUGGAAAGCAUUCCAUUGAAAAGGAAGCAAUCAUCAACUUCUAUGGUUUCGUCAAGACCUUCAUCAUCAAUUGGUGAUAGUGUUGAUUCUAGAGGAAAGAUUUCUAACGUACGAUCAGAUUUAUCAAGAUCGGAUAGACUCCAGACAACAUCAUCAAUCAGACGAUACAAUAUCAAUAAAGAAUCGAUUUUCUCCAAGACCAACAAUACCUGGGUUCAUUAUGAGUUAUUAGAUUAUGCUAAAUUAACAAUCUUGGGUAUAAAAGGUUCCAGUUAUGAAUUUAAUGAACAAAACAUGUUACAUAUCUUAUACCCCAAUUUCUUUCCCAACAUAGAUUCAGAUGAUUGGUUAGUUGACUCCAACUAUAUCAAAAACAAAUUAUAUCAUUAUGAUCCAUCUCAACGACAACUCGUAAUAAAAUCAUUAUUCCAAGUGCUUUUCCGAGGAUUAAAUUCUAAAUUAUUUUCAUUCAAUCGAGUAUAUUGGUCUGAUAACUAUUUCGAUACUUUGAUUAUACCAUAUAUCAAUAAUAUUGUAUGUCAAUUCAUAUGUUAUGAUUUCACCAAAUGGGAUAAGACGUUUGAUUUACGAGAGAAUCCUGAUUUUACUCCGGUUGAAUUCAAACAGAAUAUCAAAUACGCCAUUGUGAAUCUUAUCAUUGGGAUAUUGGCAUUCAAGAAGUCAUUGGAAGUGGGUGGUAAUGUUAUUAAUGAUGAUAAUUCCUAUUAUGUGGAUGAGUAUUUGAAGUUGAGUAUUGAAUUGAGGAAACUAAGUAUUGGGAUUAUUAAUUUUCAUUUAGAUGAAUAUGAUAAUGAUGAUGAUGAAGAUGAGGAAAACGAUGAUAAUAAACCAAAGAAUGAAUCAUUAGAGUAUGAGAAUUUGUUAUUAUUGGGAUUAAUCUUACAGAUUGAGUUGGAUAAUAGGUUUAGUAUUUAUGAAAAUUUCGAUUUAAUCUUUGCUAUUGGAGAUAAUAUUAUUAAAGAUAAAUUCAAACAUACAAAAUUAUCAAAUAUGACUAAAUUCUUAGUUAUAAUCUUCAAGAUAAGUUAUAUGAUAUAUGAAAGUACUCAAUCUAUAAAUGAUGAUAAUUAUUCAAUUGCAAUGGGUGAUGAAAAAUUAAACUAUCGAGAUUUGAAUGAAGCUUAUGAUUUAGUACGAGAGAAAGAUGUAGGUGAUGAUGAUGAUGACGACGAUGAUGAAGAUGACGAUGAAGAAGAUGAAGAUGAAGGCAAAAAGGGUAUUCAAAUCAAGCCUACGAUUCAAAAUUUGAUCAUAUCAACAUCGGAUUCCAAUAGUAAUGAUAAUACAAGUACAUCUAAUGCCAGUAAUUAUAUGCCAACUUACACACCAAUGUCAUUCACUAUCAGCUUUAAUAAGAGAAAACUUGGAGGUUAUGAUGAAGCAGAACGAUCUGAUAUGAUGAUGACUAAUAAUGAUUCAAUUAAAAGUACCAACAGCAAUUAUAAAGUGAAUGGACGUAGACGAGAUUCACUUAUAACUAUUCCAUCCACCAAAGUCAAUUUCUAUACUAAUAUAGAUAAUAAUUCGAUUCAUUUAAUGUAUGGGAUCCCAAAGUCAUUAUUAGAUAUCUUUCAUGAGAUUAUUCAUUUAACAAACCAUAAGAAUAUCUUUAAUAAAAGGAAAGUAUUCCCUCGGAAUUUCCCUAAGAUUUGUGCAGAUAUUGAAGAUAAAUUAAUCAAUUGGGAUAUUAGUAAGGUUUGGCAAUUAAACACUGAUGAUAAUAAAUUACAUAAAGCGAUUUGGUUGAAUGUGGUAUCGUUUCAACAAGCGAUUAUAGUUUAUUUUUAUCGAUUAAUUAAACAUGCUCGAAACAAACCACUGGUUAUAAAGUCGAUUUCAUAUUUAGAAGAGUUGGUAGAAUUAAUUCAGAAUCAUAAUGUGGAAGUUAAGCCAUUAUUCUGGCCAUUAUUAAUCUGUGGAUCAGAACUCGAUCAUGAUGACAUUAAAUUACAAAGAAAGGUUAUUGCUAUGUGGCAAGAUUAUGAUUGUUAUAGUAACACCGUACAAUAUAAUUAUUGGAGAAGUAAACAAAUCUUAUAUGAGGUAUGGAAGAGGAAAGAAAUUGGUGAAGAGAUUGGAUUUAUGGAUAUGAUAAGAGAAUGGGAUGUUAAAUUAUGCUUGUUCUAAUUUUUUUAGAUUUGUCAGUAAAUGAUUAUUGUGUGUGUUUGAUUAAAUAAAGUACGAUGAAUCUCAUAAAUCAGAUACCAUUGCAUUCCGACCUUUGAUGAACCCGUACGUAUGAUUUCCUAGAUUAAGGAACACAGAAAAGCCAAGCCAGUAUAAGGGCUAAAGUCAAAGUUAAAGCUAAGCAUUUGGGUUAAAUCAGACAAAAAUUGUUUGAAAUAGUAAAUAAAAGCCACCUUUUGUAUACAUAUUAAGAAUAU